AUGUCGACCUACUACUACACUGCCCAUCAGCAACACCAGGCAACCAAUCCGCAACCAAUGCCCCAGACUCAUAGCCACCACGGCCGGUCUCGACGAGCACCCCGAUUAUCGGCCGCUCAAAACUCCCAUCGGCAGUUCCGUGCGCCCAAGGCGGUCAAAGAGAUUGUUGUCACCGAGCCUCCAAGCAUGACUGCAUACCGGGCGCGGUUUGAGGCAGGACGGUCGUUUGAUCUGGAUGACGAUCUAGAGUUCUGCCCAAACCUCUUGUCUUUCGAUGAGGUGUGUGGCGAGCCUCUCUCCACAACUUCAUCUCUUACUGACUUCUUCGCAAAGCGUCAGUCGGUAACGUCAGGGUCGUCGGAUCGCUCAUCGCUGUCAAGUGGCUCACCCGAUUCGUCUCCACUCCAAUCCCAAAUACAACCACAACAAAUAACACCCGCCUUGUCCAUUUCCUCUGCCGCCACGUCUGCGUACAUGUCCCCGCCAUCCUUCAUCGGCAACCACAGCAGUCUUAAAAUCCAUCAGCCGUCUGCGAUCCGUUCUCGCAACAACGCCAUCCCGAUUGUGAAUCCUUCCACCGGCAACCGCAUCGCAAGCCCGCCGUCAUCUAUCUCGCCAGGCAUGAUGCAACAAACAACUGCCGCCCGCCGGUGGUAA